AUGAGCAACUUCACAAUCCCGUCAAAGUAUUGUACCUUGGAUACGUGUCCCAUUACAAAAGCACAUGUCUUUUAUGUCCCAUCUUUGGCGGGUAAUACCCUCUAUGUCGCCUUAUUUGCGACUCUGUUGAUCGCGCAAAUCGCACUCGUCGUUCGCUAUCAAACGUGGGGGUAUUUUGCCGGAGUAUUUGGCGGACUCGUCUUGGAAGUGGUUGGCUAUCUCGGACGAAUUCAGAUGCACAACAAUCCUUUUCUGUUCACUCCAUUGCUCGAGUAUGCUUGGACACUGGCUUGUCUCUCCACUAACCUGAGCGCACCAGAUGCUGAUUAUCGCGCCAGAUAUCUAAUCUGUUUGACCAUCGCCCCGGCUUUCCUGAGCGCCUCCAUCUACAUCUGCCUGGGCCGCAUCGUGACAAUCUACGGCGAAAAAAUCUCCCGUCUUCGACCGCGAACCUAUACACUUGUCUUUGUUGGCUGUGAUCUGGUAUCUCUGAUCCUGCAAGCGGCAGGCGGGGCAAUCACUUCCAUCGCGGAUUCGGACCAGUAUGACUUGGCUCAAAGCGGCAUUCACAUCAUGAUUGCCGGUCUAUCUUUUCAAGUUGCUUCUCUCGCUCUGUUCAUGGGGCUUUGUCUCGAUUUUGCAUGGCAGGUGUCGAAAGAGCAACAUGAAUUGAGCCCCGAUGUACAAAUGCAAGAAGUCAGAGAGAGUGCCCUUUGGAAAGCUUUCCUCGGUGCCCUCGCCAUUGCCACAGUGACUAUCUUCGUGCGAUCUGCUUUUCGGGUGGCUGAGCUCAAUGGGGGAUUCAACAGUGCACUCGCGAAUGAUCAGGUGUUGUUCAUGAUUCUUGAGGGCGCAAUGAUUGCCAUUGCUACCAUCUGUAUGACCGGUUUGCAUCCUGGGAUCUGCUUCAAGGGGCUUUGGGAUGCAACCGAAUGGAACUUUCGUCGAGCCCGCCAGAGCGAGUUGCAGCUCCUUGAAGUGGGCUUGGAACACAAGGCUUGCCCGUAA